AUGUCGAAAGUGGUUAGGUUAUCUUACAAGAAAAGCCAGAAACUCUUACAGUCCUUGCGCGACCAGCAACGGCACUCCCUGGGCACUGGGUUUGAGAGUGCCAAUAUCCUCCUCUCUCCCAAGUAUCGCCUCAAAGACAAGGAUCUGAGAAAGAUCCACAAGGCUGCGCGCGUUGGGGAUGCAGCCAGAGUGCAUCAGCUCCUGCUUGGGAAAUGCGGUGUGAACGACAGAGACAAGAAGAAGAGGACUGCCCUCCACAUUGCCUGCGCUUACGGUCACCCAAAAGUAGUGAAGGCCCUGAUCGAGGGAAAGUGUGAGAUGGACGCCGUUGACAGUGACAAGUGCACAGGUCUGGUGAAGGCUGUGCAAUGUCAGGAAGAAGAAUGUGCCACCAUUCUGCUGGAGAAUGGUGCCGACCCAAAUAUUGUGGAUGCCCAGGGCAACAGCGCUCUCCACUAUGCUGUCUAUUAUAAGAACACAUCACUUGCUGCAAGACUGCUUGAACAUGAAGUGAAUAUUGAAGAGAAGAAUAAGAGUGGCUUCACGCCAUUUUUGCUGGCAGUCAGUGAAAACAAACUGAAGAUGGCAAAAUUUUUAUCAAUGAAGAAUGCUAAUGUGCAUGCAACUGAUAACCAGAAAAGAACAGCCCUCAUACAUGCUGUAAGUCAUGACUCAACAGAUAUAGUCAGAUUUAUUCUUCAGCAAGGUGUAGACCUCUUUUGGAAAGAUGCCCUUGGAUUGACCGCAAUUGAUUAUGCUGAUGAUUUUAAAUAUUAUGACAAUAUGAAAAUCGUUCUUGAAUAUAAAGAGAAGAGAGAUGAGAAGUCUGAAAGAAAUCUGAAUGAACUAGCCCAUAAAUGUGUUCUACUUUUGUCUUUAGCAGUGGAGGGAAGUGCUGAAGAGGACUCUUCCAGAAGGAAGGACCAACAGAGCCAGAAAGUGGAAAAAAUGAAAAAGGUGAUGUUUCAGGAAAAAGAAAUCGCAGUUUGCUUUGUGUUGAAAGAGGGCAUAAAAGCAUUAAAAUGA